GGAUGUAAGCACAUGAUCUUUGGUUUUUCAUUUGCAUACUCUACUAGUCCUGUCUUCAUUGGCGGGAAGUAGCUGGUCAGACCUGGGCUGUCUUGCUGGCUGCCUUCCUUGCUGGGCUCCAACUUAUCUUCUAUGUACAUAGCCCUUAGAGUCCAGAGGCCUCUGCUGACUUCUGCCUAGCCUCUGGCUUUCAGCACCCACGUCCCCACUUGCACAUACAGGAGCAGAAGGAAAAGAGGGAGCUGGAGAUAGUCUGUGAGAGGCUUAGAAACCCAGUGCAUCCCCCUGGCCCAGCCCUGCCACCUGCUGCUGUGGCCACAACAGAAAGGACAACUAGGAACCUAGGAAGAGAGGUCCAAUACCUUGUGGGCAGUGCUAUCAUUAGCUGCAACGACUAAGAUGGCUCAAGAGAUGGGAGAACUCACUCAAACCAGGUUGCAGAAGAUCUGGAUUCCACACAGCAGCAGUAGCAGCGGGCUGCAACGGCGAAGGGGCUCAUCCAUACCACAGUUCACCAAUUCUCCCACAAUGGUGAUCAUGGUGGGUUUACCAGCUCGAGGCAAGACCUACAUCUCUACGAAGCUCACACGCUAUCUCAACUGGAUAGGAACACCAACUAAAGUGUUUAAUUUAGGCCAGUAUCGACGAGAGGCAGUGAGCUACAGGAACUAUGAAUUCUUUCUCCCAGACAACAUGGAGGCCCAGCUUAUCAGGAAGCAGUGUGCUCUGGCUGCCCUAAAGGACGUCCAUAAAUAUCUCAGCCGUGAGGAGGGUCAUGUUGCGGUUUUUGAUGCCACCAACACUACCAGAGAGCGACGCUCAUUGAUUCUGCAGUUUGCUAAAGAGCAUGGUUACAAGGUCUUCUUUAUUGAGUCUAUUUGUAAUGACCCUGACAUCAUUGCAGAAAACAUCAAGCAAGUGAAACUAGGCAGUCCUGAUUAUAUUGACUGUGAUCAAGAAAAGGUUUUGGAAGACUUUCUUAAGAGAAUCGAGUGCUAUGAGAUCAACUACCAACCCUUGGAUGAGGAAUUGGACAGUCAUCUGUCCUACAUCAAGAUCUUCGAUGUGGGCACACGCUACAUGGUAAAUCGAGUGCAGGACCAUGUUCAGAGCCGCACAGCCUACUACCUCAUGAACAUCCAUGUCACACCUCGAUCCAUCUACCUAUGCCGGCAUGGUGAGAGUGAACUCAACCUCAGAGGCCGCAUUGGAGGUGACUCUGGCCUCUCCGCUCGGGGCAAACAGUAUGCCUAUGCCCUGGCCAACUUCAUUCAGUCUCAAGGCAUCAGCUCCCUGAAGGUGUGGACUAGCCAUAUGAAGAGGACCAUUCAGACUGCUGAGGCCCUAGGUGUCCCCUAUGAACAGUGGAAAGCCCUGAAUGAGAUUGAUGCGGGUGUCUGUGAGGAGAUGACCUAUGAAGAAAUCCAAGAACACUACCCUGAAGAAUUUGCACUACGGGACCAAGAUAAAUAUCGUUACCGCUAUCCAAAGGGAGAGUCCUAUGAGGAUCUGGUUCAGCGUCUUGAGCCAGUUAUAAUGGAGCUAGAACGACAAGAAAAUGUACUAGUGAUCUGUCACCAGGCUGUCAUGCGGUGUCUCCUGGCAUACUUCCUGGAUAAAAGUUCAGAUGAGCUGCCCUAUCUCAAGUGUCCUCUGCACACAGUGCUCAAACUCACACCUGUGGCUUAUGGCUGCAGAGUGGAGUCCAUCUACCUGAAUGUGGAAGCUGUGAACACACACCGGGACAAGCCUGAGAGUGAUCCUGGCUUCAUCGAAGGAGUUUUGGAGUAUGCAUUCUGUUUCUUUAAAAAGUUUAGACAAGCACCACCUAUACCAGUUGGAAGAACAGGUAAGUGACUGGUCUCCAAGAUAAACUGCCCUGAUCUCUAGACCCUAAACCCCAGGGUACAUCCCAUGACCCCCCUCCCAUCUCAGCCCCAGCAAGGCAGCUGGGCCCUGACCCCAACUCAGGUGGAACUCCACUGCUCUGGUGCAGACCCCAGCAGCAGGCCAGCAGGUGAGAGACCUGCAGGGAGGCUGCACCACCACCACUGCCACCUACUGGACUCUGUUCCCACAAGACCCAUUCCACCACCCAACCACACCUACCCCAGCAUCCUCCCCAUGGACAGCCCUCUCCAGCAACAUCAGCAGACCCUAUAAGCACAAGUGCCACCCACACCAAUUGGAAGAACAGCAGCCCCUAUAGGCACAAGCACCAUCUACACUAGUUGG